AGGCGCCGCCCUCUGCUGCGCCCCGCCCCCUGCUGCAGUCUGAGCGCGGGAAGCGCGUGUGCUGAUCGGGAUGAGCGAGUCCGCGAGUAAAGCCUGCUCUCUGAGCUCUCCGAGCGACGAGCGGAUCAUCAACCGCUGGGGCUUCGACUACUACGUGUUCAAGGCGUUGAGCGCCUUCAGAGACGCGGACUACACGGCCUUCACGCACUUCACCAGCAUCAUCGAGCAUCUGGUGGUCAGACCCGUCGACGGACACAGCGACAUGAUCGUCAAGCUGCGCUGCAUGCAGUUCCUGUCCCGGAUCAACAACGGAGACAAGCUCGGAGCGUGUCUCUGUCUGUCUGUGCAGCUGGUCAUGGUGUGCCUGCGCGGCGGGGAGUUCGCCAGGGCCGAGGAGGUGCUGCUGAGACACUUCAGCGACGCCGCAGACUCGGCCGGGAAGAAGAAGCUGUUCGAGAGUCUGAUCCGGCGCCGGCGCUCCUCUCACUCAGUGCUGCAGCUCAGCUCCUACGCCGACUUCAAGCAGGACAUGCUGGACUUCAUCGAGCGGCAGUACCGCGUCCCCGAGCCCUUCCUCCUGCAGAUGCUGAAGCGAUCCGGACACCCCGGCGUCAGCUCUGAGCCCGUCACCUCGUCCUCACAGGACAGACAGAAGACCAGUGCCGCCGCAGAGGAUCAUGGCAGUGUGUCUGCGCGUCUGAGUCUGCGCAGUCUGCGGCAGGUGUACGGCGUGCUGAGCGAGCGCUACGGCGUCAGCGUCUCCUUCACGCAGCUGGAGCAGGAGCUGGAGGAGGAGGAGGAGGAGGAGCAGGAGGAGGAGAGCCCCGAGCUGCACCUGGCCCUGUCCGAGACGCAGCCGGAGACGGCAUACGCCGCCAUGACCAUCUCACGCCUGGUGCAGGAGGACGACAGCCAGCUCAGCGCUGAGGAGGAGGAGGAGGAGACGCAGAUCAGGAUCGUCGUUCCCAGCGGCCCAGACUCGGACGAUCCUGAGGUCCAGACGCCUGUCAGACGCUCAGACACACAGAACAGUGAGUGUUCGUCAGCUCAGAUCUGCACUCCUGCUCGUCACACACAGAAACGCAACAGGAUCCUUCUGUCCAGUGAUGUGGAGUCUGAGGAUCCCGCCGCGUCUCCUCCAGCCAGCAGACGCUCAUCCAGACACAAACAGCAGCAGAAGAAGAGCGAUCUCAGUGAGUCUGAGUGUGUGCUGAUGGAGGUGCAGUGUUCCUCAGCUCAGGUCUCCUCUCCCGCUCGUCCCAGCAGCAGCAGCAGCUCUCCGGCCGUCAGACGCUCAGACAGAGACACACAGAGGCAGAGCAGGAUCCUUCUGUCCAGUGAUAUGGAGUCUGAGGAUCCCGCCGUGUCUCCUCCAGCCAGCAGACGCUCAUCCAGACACAAACAGCAGCAGAAGAAGAGCGAUCUCAGUGUGGGUGAAUCCGCUCCGGUCUCGACUCCUGCUCGUCCCAGCAGCCCUGCAUCCGUCACACGCUCAGACAGAGACACACAGAACCAGAGCAGUGAGAUGGAGGUGGAGGAUGGAGGUUCAUCCGUCCAGCACUCGACUCCUGCUCGUCCUAGCGCCACAGACGCACCGAGGCAGAACAGGAGUGUGACUGUGUCCAGCGAGUCUGAGGAUCACAGCUCGUCUCCUGCGGCGCAGACGUCCCGCCGCCGCAGCUCUCCGUCCUCUGGAGGAGCUCACAGCAGGAGGAGGGCCAGAUGGCAGGACGUGUCCGGGACGCACGAGAACUGGAGCGACGAGGAGUCACUGUUCAGUGCCACUUCAGGUGCACACACUAGCCAUCGGUCCAGUAAGAAGUACAGCAGGAAGAUGUGGACGGUGCAGGAGUCGGAGUGGCUGAAGGAGGGAGUGCAGCGCUUCGGCGUGGGACACUGGGAGAAGAUCCGCUCCGCCUUCCCCUUCACCGGACGCACCGCCGUCAACCUGAAGGACCGCUGGAGGACCAUGCUCAAGCUCAGGCUGGUGUGACCCACACGUGCUUUAUCAUGUUUUAUAUUCAUGUUCCUGUUUUAAAACCAUGUGUUCAGCUUGUGUUCCUUAUUAAACGUUUGUUCUGUU